AGAGUAUGGGGAGGACAUCUUGGCUCCACGAAUUAAAAACAAAUUCAAAAGAAAAUAUUAAUAUGAUCAAUGAUUUAACAACUUAGUGGCUUCGAAUUUAAGCGCCUUUAGACCAUUAAAGAUGGUAUCAACCAUGGAAAGUUUGACAGCUGAGAUCUUACAGGGCAUGGGUGUUGGAUCUCUUGCUGAAGUGGCAGCAACUUUACCGAGUGCUCUUACGACAGAUGUAAACAUCAGUGCUGCAGAAAUGGAGCUCAAAGCUGGCCGGAUAGAGGAAGCCUUUCACCAGCUGUCUCUCUCACACUCAACUCUCCUUCACCACCGAAUGGCACAGCGACUUCAUAAACCAAAUAAAAAUAAGACAGAUGACGAAGGAUACGAUAGCGAUUUGAACUCUAUCUCUGUUGACAAUGAGAAGAUAACGCUAGCCACUACCAAGAAAGAAGGGACAAUUGAUUUACUACAAAAACUCCCCUCAGACUGGACCAUAGUACAAAUAACUUCAGCCAACGUGGGAGAGUGCAAUCUUCGAAAAAUAGGCGAUCAUCCUCCAACGCCUCGGUUAUACCUAUCCCGAUGCACCUGUGGUCCACAGCCAACAAUUGCCAUACAGACAGUGGCAGCUCCAAGAGACAAGGGUGUACGAGGGAUCUUGGAGGAGAUUGAGCUGAUCAAAGAGGAGAAUAAACUCAUUAACCGUGACUUCAGAAAGCAGGUGCAGAAGUAUCAUGCCAAGCGGGAAGAGCUGAACAACAGAUUAAAGUGUGUUGUAAAGACUAUGGAAGUAGCUUGGCUGAAACACUGGUGUUGCUUAUUGCCUGGAGGUCUAGAGCCCAGAGAUCAACAGGUACUGAAGGACACCACACAGCGUAUUCUAAAUAACUACAAGGGCUGUCUAACAGAAAAUCAACAGCUCUUAUUGCAGUACAUGAUAAGCUGCCCAACACCAGAGAAAACGGGGAACAUUGAAGGAGGCUCAGGAACAAGCCUGAGAGCUGGCAUUGCUGUCAUUCUGGGAGAGUCAGUCAGGAGUCAGAAUGUGAAGAGUUUGUACGCAGCCAUCCAGAGUGAGGAGGCAUCACUGGAGCAGUUACGGAAAGCUCCUAGGAACCCGGUUAUACUUAUCAUUGACAAGAGUGUUGUUACCUUACCUUGGGAGAUGAUGUGGGUGAUGCAUGACCAGCCAGUGACAAGGAUGCCCAGCCUGAGGAUGCUGGUUCUUUUAUAUCAGCACCACUCUUGUCGAGCCAAUAGUGUCCUUGUCCAAGGAGUAGAUUCAAGUAAGGGUUUCUUCCUAGUUGACCCUGACAGUAACCUACCCAGUACUCAGGAACGUGUCAAGGGGCCCCUAGCAGAGACAGGUUGGCAAGGUAUCACUGCUCGAAGACCGACACAUGACGAGUUCAGGGAAGCUAUAUCAGCAAAUGAUUUGUUUGUGUACAUUGGUCAUGGAUCAGGGAGUCAGUACUUGCCAGGGGAGCUAGUUGAGAGGUCUGAGUGCCGAGCCCUUGCUCUGCUCUAUGGAUGUUCCUCAGUCAGGCUAGCCCCAAGGGGUCGUAUACCUGACCCUUGGGGCGUCGUCCUGAAUUACCUCAUUGCUUAUUGUCCAUGUGUUGUUGGAAUGCUGUGGGAUGUGACAGACAAAGACACAGACAACCUGACUCUGGAGAUGUUACGAGCCCUACAAGGCAUUAACGGCGUCCCAGGAUCCCCACUAGCAAACCCACCCUCAGACAUCCCACUGCUAGUUGCUCGAUCGCGGUCCAUUUGCCGCUGGUACCUAACUGCUGCUGCUCUCACUGUGUAUGGGCUACCUCUCCACGUGGUCAACAGUAAUCGUGAAUAAUGUUAUUUUUACUUAUUGAUUUUAUUACAUAUUUGGAAAUGAAUAUCUUCUGAAAGAUACUAUGGUCAUCUUUUUUCACAUUCUCAGGAAUUUACAGCAGGAAUGUGAAUUUGUAUAUAUUUACAAGUAUUUUUAUAUCCUUUUUUUUUUUUCUUUUUCCUCUCUCUCUUCUCUUUACUUGUAUGAUUCCACUGCUAAAGAGGAGCACAAGUUUCUGUCCCAGAAGUAUGUACAAAUUUUAAGUAUUAACAAAUUAUUACUGAAAAUUCACUAUAUUAAUAUAUAUUUUAGGAACAGUAUGAAGUAAAUUUUAUAUAGUUUUAUCUUGUAUGGAAUUUUUUUUUUCUUCUUUACCAUUAAAGGAAGCUCCUUUCAGAUCAUUUAUACCAUAAUAAUGAUUCAAAAGCUAUCUAGUGAUAAUUUUAUGUCUUGAUUGUAUGUUGAAUGAUAUGUAAGAUUGUGAAAAAAAUUCUCCUACUUAGAGAAAAAUUAAACUCUAAAGCCAUUCCAACACCAAAAAGUGAAAUUCAAUCUAUUAAGUUGAUAUGUUGUAUUAUUUAUUUAUACUGUAUUCUUAUAGGUUUGCAGAAAAUGUGUUGUAUAAAAGGAGGAACUUGUUUAAUAUAAUUUUGAAGUAUAUACUUUUUUAAUCUGAGUUCAAAUAACAGUUUAUCUUUCUGUGUUGUUAAGCACCUACACAAAUGUUCAGUUAAGUACACUAGAAAAGGUUAGACUUACUUUUUCAUUGGGUGAUUUUGUAUCAUUAAAAGAAAUACAUUUUGUACAUUUCUUUCCUUUGAAAAUAAAAUAUUUAAUAA